AUGAGCGCUCUACAUGCUUAUUUUCAUCUCAGAAAACAGGAAGAGUUUCAGAAAUGCCUGGAACAUUCCAAAGCUGCAUGCUCGACCUCCUCGAGCAGCGGCCAGGGAAUCAACGUUGGGAGUAACAGUGGCCCAUCGCGUUCUUUGACCAAGAUUCCGGUGCUGGGACCCAAGAGUGUCGACGUGAAUGCCCGUGAUUCGCUAGGACGCACAGUACUGCACCUUGCUUGUUCCGCGGUCGAUCCUAUGGCGUUGGAGUUUAUCCGGCUCUUGCUCGCUCACCCUCAGAUCAAUGUCAAUCUACAGGAUGCGGAGAGUAGCUGGAGCGCGCUUCAUCGAGCGUUAUACGCUGGCAAUGUGCCCGCUGCAGUGCUCCUACUUCAGCGUAAUGACACAGAGAGAUAUCUGAAAGAUACUGAAGGCUAUACUCCCUUUGAUGUCUACAACUCGACGGUCGAUGGAACGAAUCCUCCUGAUAUAGGCGAUUCCGAGCCACAUGCAGAACUAUAUACGUGGGGCUCGAACCGGAAUGCUACUCUUGGUCUUGGGGACGGCGAUGACAGAAUGUAUCCAGAACAGGUCAUCGUUCGCCGCAACGACUAUACCGCCGGACAACUUUUCGACCGCCUGAAGCCGGUGCCGAUCACCGACGUCUACAUGUCCAAGACGCAUACAACUAUUCUUACAGCAGAGUCUAAGAGCAACAUCCGGACCUGUGGCUUCCUCAGCGGCGGACAUGUAGCGCGCGGUCAAUCUGCCCACUCACAGAUGCAGUAUUCUUUCAUUAACCCUCAAGAAACCUUUCCUCACAAGCUCAUCUCACUGGCUCUUGGACAAGACCACACUCUCGCCGUGACCUCGGCGGGAGAGGUGCUCAGUUGGGGUUUCAACCGCUUUGCGCAAUUGGGGUAUGCAAUUGAGGGUACAGGUAAAGCUGUAGACAAUCAAGUACAAGCCACUCCGCGAAAGGUCACGGGACCACUGCGCAACCAGCGUGUCCUUGGGGUGGCCUGUUGCAAGACUGCCUCCGCAUGCUGGACUGCUACCCAACUAUUCACCUGGGGUACGAAUGGAGGCCAACUAGGAUAUGACAUUUCGCACCUUUAUGUUGAUAAGGAAAAGGUCGCGCAACCACAAGUCCUUCCUCGACCUGUCGCGACAGUGACAGAACCCGUCGCUGGCGUUGCAAUGACAGACUCUGCGAUGUUGGUUCUGCUGAAAAAUGGAGACGUCCUAUGCUUCCUAGACGAAUCCUAUUGGAAACUGCCAUUCGCCUUGCCGAAAACACAGCGCCAUUUCCUCUCCCUAAAGUCGGGAAUCAGAAAGGUCACCACCAGCGGUGGCAAUACCUCACAGUUUGCCCUCAUUUCCAAUAUGGGCGAUGUCUUCCUUUUCAGCACAGAAGACUACUUUAUUUCGAAGAGGGAUGGAAAGCCCAUUCGACCCAUCCCUCAGCUCGUGUGGGCAGUCAGACGGCAGUUCACGGCCGACGUUGCGCUCGCGACGGAUGGGUCCAUGAUUUUGUGUACAAAGUCAGGACACGUCUUUAUCAGAAGUCGAGCGAUGAAAACCAGUCUUUUACACGGCCCACGGAACAGCUCCAGUGCAGCAAAAGGAGCAUCUGCUUUCAAAUUUCAUCGCGUCAGCAGUUUGCAACGCGUCAUCAGGGUCUUUACCAACGGCGCAGGAGACUUUGCUGCACUACGUCUCAAUUCCAUUCCCGAGUCGAUCCUAUUGGCAAGGCACACGCUAGCAGAUGAUCUCGAAGAUGCGCUUCCCUUCCGCUGGAAACUGCCCACGACAUCUAUCGGAUUGCAGACACAGAAAGAAGAGGCAAUUCGACAGUCGGUCCCUCUCAUUUCCAACCAAAAUGUGGAUGACGAAGAGGGACCUGACGUCGAUAUCGCACACGACCUACGGGCUGCAAUGGAUAUAUGCGACUAUCUGCAACUUGGCACAAACGCACCCGAGCCUCCAGAAGCUCUUGGGACACUUCCUAACCUUGCUUCAAAGCUCGGUGCCGAUGUGUUCUUCAAGGUUGGAAAGCUGACGAUACCAGCACACAAGACCAUUGUCCAGACUCGCGCACCCAAACUAAUCGAGGCCCUUCGCGGCGGCAAAUUGCAACUACACAAUAGCAGAUAUGGCUCGACAAUCACCUUCGAUGGCACUUCUACGAAGAGAGGCUCCAAAGUAUCAACUGUCAUGGUUCGUGGAUGCCAGCCUGCGGUGAUCCUCCUUUUGUGCUAUUAUCUCUACUGCGACAGGGUAGUAGCUCUCUGGGAGCGUCGUAUCUCUUUGACCAUCUCCGUUCACUACAUAUCUCUCAAGCUGAACGUCGCCACUAUCCAGCAAGAGUUGAUAACUCUUGCCAGUCAGGAUAUGCUCAACUUGACCAAUCUGGAAGCUUCGGCACAGAGGGUGGGCCUCGUCGCUCCACAUCCAACUCUGGUUAUCGAUUGCGCGCGACUGAUGGUGUCAAACACCGAUACUACACAUGAUGUGGUAUUAUUGCUUCAAGACCGACAGGUUCACGCGCAUUCUAUUGUCCUCAGAGCUCGGUCGUCCUAUUUUGCUACAUUCUUCGACCGCGAUUGCUGGACGAGCGAGCGAGCCUCAAGUAAUCAUGGGAUUAUAACAGUUGAUCUCAAAGAGUUCAACUAUCGACCCAUGUCCUAUUUAUUAAGAUAUUUGUAUCAGGACGUCGGGGUUGAGGCCUUCAGUCACUUAGAUUUCAUCCAAUCUACAGAGCAAUUGACUCAAUUUAUGUUCGAACUUAUCUCAUGUAGUAAUUUCUUGCUGAUGGAUCGCUAUACCGACAUAUGCUCCUCAUACAUCCUACGCUAUAUCGACUCGCAAAAUGUAGCAUCUAUACUCGUUGACGCGAUGCAUUUCAAUGCCCAACGGCUCGUCCAGCGAAUACACGGAUACAUGGCCGGUAAUCUGGAAACUCUACUUGAUCAGAAUGCACUCGACUCGCUGCCUGACUAUGCCAUUGGAGGCUUUGCUCACAAUUUGCGCCUCCGGCAGACUGCCCUACAACCGUUUAUGCGUAGUGGCGGAAACCUAGCAAAACUCGAGAAGCGAUGGGAGUCGUGGCUGGCGCUUCAAGAUUUCCCUUCCAUCAUCAUCCCUACUCAUCGUAUCGCUCCUUUGAGGUCGACUUCGACUACGGUCAUCCCUCCUCCAGUACACAGCCCAACAACCGAGGCACCAUAUACUGCAAGGCUGCUGGCAAAUCGAUCCACUGUUUCCCAAGAGACGGCCGAUCUAUUUGCCAUGGAUACCGACUUCGUAGCGUCGAGUUCUCUUACGAAGUCGUGUCUAGCUUCAGAAGCGCCUCGUUGGUGGAAAGAGUCAAAGACGGAAAAGGUGGACAUGAAGAGUAUCAUGGAGGCGGAACAGCAAGCAGCCGAUAGUCGCCGUACUGCUCAAGCGAAUAAGAAGUACCAACCGCCGGCCCUAAGGCCUAGUUCAUCCAUUUCUGCGGGCACGAUGUCCAAAGACAUCCCUAGCCCUGGCCCCCGGGUCGCGCCAACCGCAUUACAAUCGACCUCCAAAUCGAGCGUUGGUGGUUUCACUCCCCACAGCUCGAAUGAGAAACCAUGGUCGCUCCCUGGUGCCGCUCCUUCGAGCACGCCCCCUCGAUCAACUGGCUCCCCUUGGGCAACUCCCGAUGCGACACCUUCAAAAGGCCGCCCUUCGCCAAUUACGAAGCAGAUCAGCGCUAAUACUGCUCCUCCUACCCAACAGCUCUCGAAAGCUGCCCCAAGUACAUCCCAGUCAGGGCCACUAAUCAUUCCCUCAAAGGCGCCAGGUCUGGCUGCACCCAUGCGGAAGAAGGCGUCAGCUGAUGGGAGUGCUUGGGCAUCACCUCCACAACCUCGAAUGGACAAGAGAGAGGGUAGAAAAAAUCCAUCUUUCCUGGAGAUCCAAGAGCAACAAGCGAGCAUGCCUCUACCUAAAGGACCGCCAAAGAGCCUCAAGCAAAUUCAAGAAGAAGAGCAGGAAGCAGCUCGUGAAGCCGCCUUUCUAUCGUGGUUUGAAGCGGAGAGUGCUCGAGUUCAACAGCAGAAUGCUCAAGUCGAUGCAAAAACAUUGCAAGGAAACGGUCAGAGAGAGAAUGUCAGUCGUAGAGGAAAAAGCGGUGAAGGGAAGCGCGGUCGUGGUGGUACUCGCGGGAAGGGCCGAGGCGGGCAUUUGGGGCCAAGAGUUGCACAAGUUCAUGUUGAUUAA